CAAUCGACUGAGAGCGAGUAGCAAUCAUUAUUCCUACGUAGAAAUCACAGCAAAAAUGUUCCAAAUCGUCUGUUACAUCGUCCUGGCGUUCAUUGGUUUGCCCGUGCCGCUCCGCGCGGAACCGUUUAAUACACGUUUGACCAUCUAUGCGGAUCCGGGACGCAUGGAGUGCUUCCAUCAGCCCGUGGCCGCCACAGAGAUCAUCAAAAUGGACUACCAGGUGAUUGCUGGCGGCCAUGGGGACCGGGACAUCAGCUUCACGCUGAUGGAUCCCCAGCGCAAGAUACUGGCCGCCGAUGACAAGAAGGACAAGAGCAACCUGCAGCUGGUGGCCGAGGAGACGGGCAUCUACAAGUUGUGCUUCGACAACACCAUCAGCACAUUCAACCAGAAAAUUGUUUCCUUUUCGCUGGAAGUGGCAGCCGCUGACUACGAGGCGCAGGAGGUGCGCGAUCUGCGCAAGGAAAUGCUCACCGACUACCACUUCGAGUCGAUCUUCACCGGUCUCAGCGAUUACAUCAACAAGGUGCAGGUGAAUCUGAUGCGCUCACGACAGACACAGGACUACAUACGGGCCCAUGAGGCACGCGAUCGCAAGCUGGCCGAAUCCAACUAUGACAUGGUCAACAAUUGGUCCGGGGUUCAGUUUCUGGCCAUGAUUUUCGUGGGCAUGCUGCAGGUCUUUAUGCUGCGCAGCAUUUUCAGCACCAAUGGCACGCUCCAUAAGCUUUGGCAGCGUUUUUAAUUGGGAGUUUUUUGAUGAUUUUGUUUGAGUAAA